CUUCUGAAACAGAGUUAAUUUCUGGUGGAUCUGAUAAACAACUCAUUCUUUGGGAAUGGAAGGGAACAGGAACAUGGAAUAAUCAGCUUGUGAAAAGCAUUCCUCUCAAAGGCCAUGCUGAAGCUGUUUGUGCUGUGGAUGCUGUCUACCAGUCAGAUGAACCUGAUUUAGAUCUGCUAAUAGCUUCUGCAGCUUCUGACUCUACUGUGAGAAUCUGGUCUCGGCACAGUUCAGAAGCUAAAUGCAUUGAAAUUCUGCAGUUUGGAAAUGGAUUUGUUAUGGAUGUCUGCUUAUCCUUCUUGCCUGGAAGCAAUGUACCAAUACUGGCUUGUGGUGGUGAUGACUGUAAAAUAUAUUUGUUUAUACAGCAGAAUGGUCAGUUUCAGAAAACAUUAAUACUCCCUGGCCACGAAGACUGGAUAAGAGGCAUUGAAUGGGCAGUCUGUGGUGAAGACCUUUUCUUAGCAAGCUGUGCUCAGGAUUGUUUGAUAAGAAUUUGGAAAGUGUGUACAAAAUCAAAGCAACUUCCAGAAAAUGAAGAUGAUUCCAUAAGACUGAAAGAGAAUGUUUUUACUGUCAAAGAUACUGAUACAACAUAUGCAAUUACUUUGGAGUCUGUAUUGGCUGGUCAUGAAAACUGGGUGUACGCAGUUCACUGGCAACCUUCAUUUUCCAAAGAUGGCAGCAUGCAACAACCAAUGAGGAUAUUGUCUGCAUCAAUGGACAAAACUGUGAUCAUCUGGGAACCUGAUAAGGAGUCUGGAGUCUGGCUAGAACAGGUGCGGGUAGGUGAAGUCGGUGGCAAUACCCUUGGAUUUUUUGACUGCCAGUUUAGUCCAGAUGGUUCAAUGAUUGUUGCUCAUGCUUUUCAUGGAGCGCUACACCUUUGGAAACAGGCUACAGUUAAUAAGAAAGAAUGGACUCCAGAAGUUGUAAUUUCAGGACAUUUUAACAGUGUAGAAGAUGUAAAGUGGGACCCAGAAGGAGAGUUUAUCAUCAGUGUUGGUUCUGAUCAAACUACUAGACUCUUUGCUCCAUGGAAAAGAAAACAAGAGACAGAGGUAACCUGGCAUGAAAUCGCAAGGCCUCAAGUACACGGAUAUGACAUGCGUUGUCUGGCGAUGGUUGGCCGGUUUCAGUUUGUGUCGGGAGCAGAUGAAAAAGUGCUGCGAGUUUUUCGUGCUCCCAAGAAUUUUAUAGAAAAUUUCAGUAACAUCACUGGUAUUCCAAUGGAGAAGCUGUGCUCCCACCAAUCAGCUGAUCUUCCAGAAGGUGCAACUGUGCCAGCUUUGGGAUUAUCCAAUAAAGCCGUUUUUGAAGGAGAUAUGUCUGUUCAACCAGCUGAGGAUGAAGAAGCAUUUAAUACCAUUUCGAAUCAGUAUCCUGAGAUCUAUUUUCAACCCUUGAUCCUUACAGAACCUCCCCCAGAGGAUCACUUGCUGCAGAAUACCUUGUGGCCUGAAAUUCAGAAGUUAUAUGGACAUGGAUAUGAAAUUUUUUGUGUUGCUUGCAAUAAUUCAAACACUAUAAUUGCCUCAGCAUGUAAGGCUUCCAAAAAAGAACAUGCAGCAAUUAUUUUGUGGAGCACUACUUCUUGGAAGAUACUGCAGAGUUUGUCAUUUCACAAUCUGACUGUUACUCAGCUGGCAUUUUCUCCUAAUGACAAAUUUUUAUUAGCCGUUUCUAGAGACAGGAAUUGGUCCCUGUGGAGGAAACAAGACUCAUCAGAGCCAGUUUUCAGUUGCUGUGCAUACACAGACAAAAAUACAGCUGUUCACAGUCGAAUCAUUUGGUCUUGUGAUUGGACACCAGAUAGCAAGUAUUUUAUUACUGGCAGUCGGGACAAAAAGGUCAUUAUCUGGGGCCAGUACAACUUACCAGUGACUACUGAAGGGAAUAUGCUGGAUUCAAUCAAGCCAUGUUCAACAGUACUGGAUGCUGGGGAUUCUGUUACUGCUGUUAGCAUCAGCCGUGUGCUUACUCCUGAUGGAAGAUACAUUGUUGCAGUAGGCUUGGAGAAUGGGAAGAUUAGCUUGUACACAUGGAAGCAGAGUGGGCAAGAACCAACACUGGCUGAUUGGACCAUGUGUGUUGAGAUGGAUAGCAG